AUGCGGUCACCGGUCUUCAAGGCAGAGCUCUAUGGACCGAUGGGAAAUCGGACGGAACGCAACAUAACCGUGGAAGAUAUGCAGCCUGCUGUUUUCAAGGAAUUGCUUCGCUUCAUCUACAAAGAUUCAUUGCCUUCUGUGGACAACCUCGAUGAUGACAUGGUUAAGCAUUUACUGGUGGCUGCAGAUCGGUACGCCAUGGAAAGGAUGAAGAUGAUAUGCGAAGGCAUUCUCUGCAGAAGCCUUCGUGUCGAGACUGUGGCAACCACGCUAGCUCUAGCUGACCAGCAUCACUGCAGCAGGCUCAAAGAAGCCUGCAUUGAAUUUAUCAUCUCUUCAAAUAGAAUGGCUGCUGUGGUUGCAAGCCAAGGGUAUGCGCACUUGAAAACAUCAUGCCCUGCUGUCUUAGGAGACAUCUUGGAGAGUGUAACAAAGUCUCGCACAGUUUAA